AUGAGUGCGAGUUUGGAUGCUGAGAUGGCUGUUUUUGGCGAAGCUGCUCCCUACCUUCGAAAAUCGGAAAAGGAGCGGAUUGAAGCCCAAAACAAGCCCUUCGAUGCUAAAGCAUCAGUCUUUGUGGUGGAGCCCAAGGAAUCCUAUGUGAAGAGCAUCAUACAAAGCAAAGAAGGAGGGAAAGUAACUGUAAAGACAGAGUGUGGAGCAACUCUAACUGUCAGAGAGGACCAGGUCUUCCCCGUGAACCCUCCCAAGUUUGACAAGAUCGAGGACAUGGCCAUGAUGACCCACCUGCACGAGCCAGGGGUGCUGUACAACCUCAAAGAGCGCUACGCGGCCUGGAUGAUCUACACCUACUCGGGCCUCUUCUGUGUCACCGUCAACCCCUACAAGUGGCUGCCGGUGUACAACCCCGAGGUGGUGGCUGCCUACAGAGGCAAAAAGCGCCAGGAGGCCCCGCCCCACAUCUUCUCCAUCUCUGACAACGCCUUUCAGUUCAUGCUGACUGAUCGUGAGAACCAGUCCAUCCUGAUCACCGGAGAAUCCGGGGCUGGGAAGACGGUGAACACGAAGCGUGUCAUCCAGUACUUUGCAACAAUUGCAGUCACUGGGGAGAAGAGGAAGGACGAAGCUACUUCUGGCAAAAUGCAGGGGACUCUGGAAGACCAGAUCAUCAGCGCCAACCCGCUGCUGGAGGCCUUUGGCAACGCCAAGACCGUGAGGAACGACAACUCCUCUCGCUUUGGUAAAUUCAUCAGGAUCCACUUCGGUACCACAGGGAAACUGGCUUCUGCUGAUAUUGAGACAUAUCUUCUAGAAAAGUCUCGAGUUACUUUCCAGUUAAAGGCAGAAAGAAGCUACCAUAUUUUUUAUCAGAUCACUUCCAAUAAGAAGCCAGAUCUGAUUGAAACGCUCCUGAUCACCACCAACCCAUAUGACUACGCCUUCGUCAGUCAAGGGGAGAUCACAGUCCCCAGCAUUGAUGACCAAGAAGAGCUGAUGGCCACUGAUAGAGCCAUUGACAUCCUGGGCUUUACUCCUGAGGAGAAAGUGUCCAUCUACAAGCUCACGGGGGCUGUGAUGCAUUAUGGGAACAUGAAAUUCAAGCAAAAGCAGCGUGAGGAGCAAGCGGAGCCAGAUGGCACCGAAGUUGCUGACAAGGCUGCCUAUCUCCAGAGUCUGAACUCUGCUGACCUGCUCAAAGCCCUCUGCUACCCCAGGGUCAAGGUCGGCAAUGAGUACGUCACCAAAGGCCAGACUGUGCAGCAGGUGUACAACGCGGUGGGCGCCCUGGCCAGAGCCGUCUACGAGAAGAUGUUCCUGUGGACGGUCACCCGCAUCAACCAGCAGCUGGACACCAAGCAGCCCAGGCAGCACUUCAUUGGCGUCCUGGACAUCGCGGGCUUUGAGAUCUUUGACUUCAACAGCCUGGAGCAGCUGUGCAUCAACUUCACCAACGAGAAACUGCAACAGUUUUUCAACCACCACAUGUUCGUGCUGGAGCAGGAGGAGUACAAGAAGGAGGGCAUCGAGUGGACGUUCAUCGACUUCGGCAUGGACCUGGCCGCCUGCAUUGAGCUCAUCGAGAAGCCACUGGGCAUCUUCUCCAUCCUGGAAGAGGAGUGCAUGUUCCCCAAGGCCACAGACACCUCCUUCAAGAACAAGCUGUAUGACCAGCACCUGGGCAAGUCUGCCAACUUCCAGAAGCCCAAGGUGGUCAAGGGCAGGGCCGAGGCCCACUUCUCGCUGAUCCACUACGCGGGCACCGUGGACUACAACAUUACCGGCUGGCUGGACAAGAACAAGGACCCCCUGAACGACACGGUGGUCGGGCUGUACCAGAAGUCCGCAAUGAAGACUCUGGCCAGCCUCUUUUCCACAUACGCUAGUGCUGAAGCAGGUACUUUCUGGGCCCCUGAUCUAACUUCACCUAUCCCCACAGAAUGUUCACAUACCAUUCCAGCCGCUGGGAUUCUACUUCCGUUGAUGGGUUUUCUUUUUAUCUUAGACAGCGGCACAAAGAAAAGUGCUAAGAAGAAGGGGUCUUCCUUCCAGACUGUGUCAGCCCUUUUCAGGGAAAAUUUAAGUAAACUGAUGACCAAUCUGAAGAGCACACACCCUCACUUCGUACGGUGUAUCAUUCCCAAUGAAACCAAAACUCCUGGGGCCAUGGAUCACGAUCUUGUCCUGCACCAGCUGAGGUGUAACGGGGUGCUGGAGGGCAUCCGCAUCUGCAGGAAGGGCUUCCCAAGCAGAAUCUUAUAUGGGGAUUUUAAACAAAGAUACAAAGUUUUAAAUGCAAGUGCUAUUCCAGACGGACAGUUCAUUGACAGCAAGAAGGCUUCUGAGAAACUUCUCGCCUCUAUUGAUAUUGAUCACACCCAGUACAAGUUUGGACAUACAAAGGUUUUCUUCAAAGCUGGCCUGCUGGGUCUUCUGGAAGAAAUGAGAGAUGAAAAGUUGGCCCAGAUUAUAACAAGAACUCAAGCCAUCUGUAGGGGAUUCCUAAUGAGGGCAGAGUAUCAGAAGAUGCUGCAAAGGAGAGAAGCCCUUUUCUGCAUCCAGUAUAAUGUACGUGCCUUCAUGAACGUCAAGCACUGGCCCUGGAUGAAACUCUUCUUCAAGAUCAAGCCCCUCCUCAAGAGUGCGGAAACAGAGAAGGAGAUGACCACCAUGAAGGAAGAUUUCCAGAAAACUAAAGAUGAACUUGCCAAGUCAGAGGCAAAAAGGAAGGAACUGGAAGAAAAAAUGGUGACUCUCUUGAUAGAGAAAAAUGAGCUGCAGCUCCAGGUUCAAUCUGAAGCUGACGCUUUGGCUGAUGCAGAGGAAAGGUGUGAGCAACUGAUUAAAAACAAAAUCCAGCUGGAGGCCAAGAUCAAGGAGGUGACCGAGAGAGCUGAGGAUGAGGAAGAGAUCAAUGCCGAGCUGACCGCCAAGAAGAGGAAACUGGAGGACGAAUGCUCGGAACUGAAGAAAGACAUAGAUGACCUUGAGCUGACACUGGCCAAGGUUGAGAAGGAGAAACAUGCCACAGAGAACAAGGUGAAAAACCUCACAGAAGAGAUGGCAGGCCUGGACGAAACCAUCGCAAAGCUGACCAAGGAGAAGAAGGCCCUCCAGGAGGCCCACCAGCAGACCCUGGAUGACCUCCAGGCUGAAGAGGACAAAGUCAACACCCUGACCAAAGCUAAGGCCAAGCUAGAGCAGCAAGAGGAUGAUCUUGAAGGGUCUCUAGAACAAGAAAAGAAACUUCGAAUGGAUCUAGAAAGAGCCAAGAGGAAACUGGAGGGUGACCUAAAAUUGGCCCAAGAAUCCAUAGUAGAUAUAGAAAAUGACAAACAACAACUUGAUGAGAAACUUAAAAAGAAAGAAUUUGAAAUCAGCAGCCUGCUAAGCAAAAUCGAAGAUGAGCAGGCAGUGGAAGUUCAACUACAGAAGAAGAUCAAAGAGCUGCAGGCCCGCAUCGAGGAGCUGGAGGAGGAGAUCGAGGCAGAGCGGGCCUCCCGCGCCAAAGCAGAGAAGCAGCGCUCGGACCUCUCCCGGGAGCUGGAGGAGAUCAGCGAGCGGCUGGAGGAGGCCGGCGGGGCCACUUCGGCCCAGAUUGAGAUGAACAAGAAACGGGAGGCCGAGUUCCUGAAGCUGCGCCGGGACCUGGAGGAGGCCACCCUGCAGCACGAGGCCACGGCGGCCGCGCUGAGGAAGAAGCACGCGGACAGCGUGGCCGAGCUGGGGGAGCAGAUUGACAGCCUGCAGAGGGUCAAGCAGAAGCUGGAGAAGGAGAAGAGCGAGCUGAAGAUGGAGAUCGACGACCUCAGCAGUAAUGCAGAGACCAUUUCCAAAGCCAAGGGAAACCUUGAAAAGAUGUGCCGCGCUCUAGAAGACCAAGUGAGUGAACUUAAGACGAAGGAGGAAGAAGAGCAGCGGCUGAUCAGUGACCUGACGGCUCAGAGGGCGCGUCUGCAGACGGAAGCAGGUGAAUAUUCCCGACAAUUGGAUGAGAAAGAUGCUUUGGUCUCUCAGCUUUCAAGGACCAAACAAGCAUCUACGCAGCAGAUUGAGGAGCUGAAAUGUCAGCUCGAGGAAGAAACGAAAGCCAAGAGCGCCCUGGCCCACGCCCUGCAGUCCUCCCGCCACGACUGCGAGCUGCUGCGGGAACAGUGCGAGGAGGAGCAGGAAGCCAAGGCCGAGCUGCAGAGGGCGCUGUCCAAGGCCAACAGCGAGGUGGCCCAGUGGAGGACCAAGUACGAGACGGACGCCAUCCAGCGCACGGAGGAGCUGGAGGAGGCCAAGAAGAAGCUGGCCCAGCGUCUGCAGGAAGCCGAGGAACACGUAGAAGCCGUGAACGCCAAAUGCGCUUCCCUUGAGAAGACCAAGCAGCGGCUCCAGAAUGAGGUCGAGGACCUCAUGCUCGAUAUCGAGAAGUCUAACGCUGCCUGCGCGGCUCUCGAUAAGAAGCAAAGGAACUUUGACAAGGUCCUAUCAGAAUGGAAACAGAAGUAUGAGGAAACCCAGGCUGAACUUGAGGCCUCCCAGAAGGAGUCCCGUUCUCUCAGCACUGAGCUGUUCAAGGUCAAGAAUGCCUACGAGGAAUCCCUGGAACAACUUGAAAUGCUAAAGAGAGAACAUAAGAACUUGCAGCAGGAGAUUUCUGACCUCACUGAGCAGAUUGCUGAGGGGGGGAAGCAAAUCCACGAGCUGGAGAAAAUAAAGAAGCAAGUGGAACAAGAGAAAUGUGAAGUUCAGGCUGCCUUAGAGGAAGCAGAGGCAUCUCUUGAACACGAGGAGGGGAAGAUCCUGCGUAUCCAGCUAGAGUUGAACCAGGUCAAGUCUGAAGUUGACAGGAAAAUUGCUGAAAAGGAUGAGGAGAUCGACCAGCUGAAGAGGAACCACAUUAGAGUCGUGGAGUCCAUGCAGAGCACGCUGGACGCAGAGAUCCGGAGCAGGAACGAUGCCCUGAGAGUCAAGAAGAAGAUGGAGGGAGACCUGAACGAAAUGGAAAUCCAGCUGAACCACGCCAACCGCUUGGCAGCAGAGAGCUUGAGGAACUACAGGAACACCCAAGGGCUCCUGAAGGAUACCCAGCUCCACCUGGAUGAUGCCCUCCGGGGCCAGGAGGACCUGAAGGAGCAGCUGGCGAUCGUGGAGCGCAGAGCCAACCUGCUGCAGGCCGAGAUCGAGGAGCUGCGGGCCACCCUGGAGCAGACGGAGAGGAGCAGGAAGAUGGCAGAGCAGGAGCUCCUGGACGCCAGCGAGCGCGUCCAGCUCCUGCACACCCAGAACACCAGCCUGAUCAAUACAAAGAAGAAGCUGGAGACAGACAUCUCCCAAAUGCAAGGAGAGAUGGAGGACAUUCUCCAGGAAGCGCGCAACGCAGAAGAGAAGGCCAAGAAGGCCGUCACUGACGCGGCCAUGAUGGCCGAGGAGCUGAAGAAGGAGCAGGACACGAGCGCCCACCUGGAGCGGAUGAAGAAGAACCUGGAGCAGACGGUGAAGGAGCUGCAGCAGCGGCUGGACGAGGCUGAGCAGCUGGCCCUGAAGGGCGGGAGGAAGCAGAUCCAGAAGCUGGAGGCACGGGUACGUGAGCUUGAAGGAGAGGUUGAAAGUGAGCAGAAACGUAAUGCUGAGGCUGUUAAAGGUUUGCGGAAACACGAGAGAAGAGUAAAGGAACUCACCUACCAGACUGAGGAAGACGGCAAGAAUGUUCUCAGGCUGCAAGACCUGGUAGAGAAAUUACAGGCGAAGGUGAAAUCAUACAAGAGACAAGCUGAGGAGGCUGAGGAACAGUCCAACGCUAAUCUUGCCAAAUUCCGCAAGCUCCAGCACGAGCUGGAGGAGGCCGAGGAACGGGCUGACAUUGCCGAGUCCCAGGUCAACAAGCUGCGGGUGAAGAGCCGGGAGAUUCACGCAAAAGUCAGUCCAGAGUGAACACAUCUGCCUGAUGCUGCCAAGGGGCUGACGAAAUGCACAAAAUGUGCUAUUUUGGGUCACUUGC